CAAGGUUGAAUCAAUAGAGAAUUUCAACUAAUAACUUCGAGAUCUCAAUUCUUGAUACAGGCACAGAUAAGAUAACGGUCAACUGAGUUUGAUAUUCAGAACUGGAACAUGUCUCUAGAAGGCACCUUUUUGUUUAUCAUUUCGUUGCUAAUUCUUGAUGGAGUACUUUCAAAUAACGUUUCUGGCGAAAGACCAUUUAUAAAUACACCUCUUGGAACAAUAAGAGGCACUUGGCAGCAGUCUUUCGAAGGUAGGAGGUAUGCGUCUUUUGAGGGAAUACCCUACGCACAACCACCUAUUGGCAAUUUGAGAUUUGAGGAACCGAGGCCAAUAAAACCUUGGAAUGGAAUCUGGGAAGCUAGCAAGCUUUAUCGUUGUGCACAAUACGAAAAUGGGGAAGAAGACUGUCUAUAUAUCAAUGUGUAUAUUCCAGAAACAAAUCAGAAAGAAAACUUCGAUGUGAUCGCACACAUUCACGGUGGUGGCUUCGUAAGUGGUGGUACAAAUGAUUUUGUGAAUCCCAAAUAUGUUAUGGAUGUAGACACAAUUUUAGUAACAUUCAGUUACAGACUAGGGAUAUUAGGGUUUUUAAGUACGGAAGACGAAGUAGUGCCUGGAAAUAAUGGUCUGAAAGACCAAACACUGGCUCUUAAAUGGAUACAAAGCAACAUUGCCAGUUUUGGAGGCAAUCCCCAGUCGGUGACUCUGACUGGGUUUUCUGCAGGAGCAGCGUCAGUUCAUUUCCAAUAUUUUUCACCAAUGAGUGAAGGUUUGUUCAAAAGGGGGUUUUCUCUAAGCGGCACCGCUUUGAAUUCCUGGGCCAUACAGAGAAAUCCCAGAUCAAGAGCAGAAACGGUGGCCUCUGCAGUAGGUUGUCCCACAAUCGAAACAAAACCCAUGGUGGAGUGUUUGAAGACGAGACCAGCUCAUCUUCUGAUCGAUUCUAUGAAACACGUUCAACCUCUGGACCAGAUGCCUUCCUGCGUGUUCGCCCCAGUCGUGGAGAAGAAUUACUCGGGGAACGCUUUUUUAACUGAGCAUCCUUAUGAAAUGCUGAAGAAUGGAAAGGUGCUUGACGUGCCGUGGAUGGUUUCAGUUACAGAAAAUGAUGGACUGAUAUAUUUACUUUUGAAUGAGAAUAAUUUUGAUGAAAUCAACUCCCAGUGGGAAAAAGUAGCUGAUAUUAUUAUGGAUUAUGAGGGAUUGAUUCCUGAAUCUCAUUACGUAGAUGCCGCCAAAAGGAUUAGAGAUUUCUAUUUUCCUGAUGGAGUCUCGAUGUCCAAGGAAAACCUUAAUAAUUUUGAAAAAAUGUUUACUGAUUGGAUAGUCUUACUACCAGCUGAGAAAGCAAUCAGCAUGCAGUCGAAAAUCACAAACUCGCCAGUAUACUAUUUCCGUUUGUCAUUUUCAGGCCAAAACUCUUUCAUAGACACUUUAGGGACCACACUUACUGAUAUCGAAGGAACAUGUCAUGGUGAUGAUAUGAUUUAUUUCUUUGGAGGAAUGAUAACUAAGGACCUUUCUGAAAAUGAAAUACAAUUGAAAAAUUCCUGUAUGAACAUGCUGUACUCAUAUGCCAAAGAAGGCCUUCCUGUUUUCGAUACUACUCGAUUAGAUUCUUUGAACAAUGAAAAUGGGUUAUUUUAUUAUAAUAUAAGCGGACCUCAGGAUAUUCGAAAGCAAAUGAGAACUCAAAAUGCUGCUGUAUCACUUUGGACUGAUAUUAUGGGAUAUUCGAAUACACAGAGUACAAAAGAGGAGUUAUGAUUGCAAUUUGAAACUGUGAUAGAGAAGUAAAGGAUGAAUAAAGUGUCUAUAUUGAGAAUUGAAGUAUUUUAGUAUUCAUUAUCAAAUACAGAUUUCAGAGUUUGCAAUUGUUCACCAUACUGUUGAUUUUGGUUUCUAAAAUAAAAUAUAAUUAGUUCAUUCAUGUAAUAAUAUUGCGUAAUAAAAUUCUAUCUAUGACUCGUAAACGCA